AUGCAUUACUUCGUAAACUUUGCCGCUCUCGAUCUUUCGGGUUAUCUGCCAGGCCGCUUCUGGGAUGGAUUUGUCCUGCAGGGAAGUCAAUCAGAGCCAAUGGUCCGGCAAGCAGUAUUGGCAGUGUCAGGCGCUCACUUGGAUCACUGCAACGAAGGCCUCAUAUCCGCAACAUCCUUCGCUUCAUACCAAGCGUCCAUCAAAAAGCUUCGAGUCUACAUGGAUCGAACACCUAACCCUUCGCCCGAUCUUGUGCUGAUGUGCUGCAUUCUGCUGUUCACUUUUGACCGUCUUCGAGGGGACAGUGCAGCCGCCGCAAUCCAUCUCCAAGGUGCAAUGACCAUACUGGCCAACGCCAGAAAAGCGCUGAAGGGGCAUGAACACAACACCAAGACAGCAGAGACGAGCCAGGACAGUAUCAAUGGUCUAACCAACAUGCUCUUGCAGAUGGACAUUGAAGACACGAUGCCCGCUCUCGAUCAUGGUCCACUGCUCGACAUUGGUAUCGAUGCGCCAGAAGUUUGGGCCCAAGAACCUCCAGUGAUGAAGUUCUUCUCUCCUCAUGACUUCAUGGGCUCCUGGAUGCGCAUUUGUCACGCCGUAUGGGCAUUCAUCGGCAAGUAUGCCUGCUGUAGGCAUGCCGACCAAAUUCCACAAUUUGUGUUGGAGCACCGCAGGAAUCUACAGCGUUGGGUGAAAGUCUGGAGACAGGCGCACAAAGACUAUAUCCUCCUGGUUGGCAUACCAGACGUCUCAGACCUUCCCACGACUCCGCCUUCUCCAGAACUCAAUCGCCUCAUCAUCGACUCGAUCAACGCCCUCAUCAUCGAAUCCCACUACUUCGUCAUCAAAUCCGUACUCGCCGAGUCUCUCCCUUCCCCUUCCAGCACACGACCCUGGGAUAUCAUCGCGGAGAAGAUGUUGCAGUGCGGCGAAAAGGCACUUUCACUGAGACAAACUUAUCGAAACAUGCACAGCCUACCAACCUGCAAGACCUUCUCGACCCACGUCGGCAUCGCAGAAUCGUUGUUGUGUCUCUCGCACAGAACGACUUCACCUGACGUCAGAAGCAGAGCACAGAUGCUCAUUCGAGGGUUCAGAGAUAUAUCCGGUGAUUUGACGGGCGUAACGGCUUUCUUUGCAGGAUAUGGAGCACCUCCAAAGGACCUCAUGCUGAUAUAUGAGAAGCCUGGCCACUGA